UAUUUUUCCCCAUCCUCUUUCUUUCAAUCUCUGAUCAAAGAGAGAGAGAUCGAAUGGCAGAAUUUGUUGAGGCUGAUAAUGCAGAAGCAAUAAUCGCGAGGAUCGAAACCAAAUCGCGGAAGAUUGAAAGCUUACUCAAACAGUACAAACAUGUCGAAGCUUUGAAAACGGCUCUUGAAGGUUCGCCUCCGAAAACUCGCGAUGAACGUUGCAAGUCGGCUAAUUGGAUAGUUGUGCACAGAGCUAUAAUGGCCAUAAAGGAUAUUGACGGAAUGCUCAAUGCUCUUGAUGCCGAAUAUUACGACAUUCUCAUGAAGUACUUGUAUAGAGGCCUUUCUACUGGGGACCGACCCACCUGCGAUCAGUGCUUGAAGAUUCACGAGAAACUCACAGAGAGAGCUGGUCUCGGUUGCAUUCUCCGCUGUCUUACUGAUACUAUAAACACCGUUUGAUCCAUGAUUGCCACUAAUGUAUACUUGAUGCUUCAUGAUAUAUGCAUUCUCCUUGAGAAACCAUGUCUCAGUUUCAUGUUUUCGCAUAAGAAUAUUAUCAAGCCUCAAACUUGAAUUUGA